AUGAGAGGAGAAAAGGAUGAAGACGAUGAUGAUGAUGACUGGCGGGUGGCGGUGACGACAGAGACCCUCCUCUACCCGACCAGAACUAGCAAACCAGAGGAUGCAAAAGAUUGCCCCAGAGCCCCGAAAAUCAAACUAUCAGAUUCGGAUCGUGAGCCUCCAGAAUCUGCCUCUAACUGUGAUGAUCAUGAGGCCUUUUGUUUCCUCCUCUGUUGCCACCCUAUCCGACUUGCCCCCUCAUCUCCGCUUGUCCCACCGCUAGAGCCGACUCGCCAAUGGGUUUCUUACCUCUCCACGUCGUCGUCGUCGUCGUUGUUCCUGGAAACAUUGACCGGAUUUCAGACGACCCGAUUAAACAUGGACUACCGAGGGGAGCUUAGCCCCGCGGAGGCGACAAGGCUUUCUCACCCCAUCGGCAUGCCCUACCUCAAACAGAGGGACACUGGGCAAGAAUUUGCGAUUCAGAUUCCUUCACAAUCCUAG